AUGAGCGACUGCUGCGGCAGAAGCGGAACGGUGCGUCCGCCUGAUGAUGUCGAAAGCGGGGAUGGCGACGACGAGUGUUUUGUGCCGCUUUCCCCGGUAUUGCUCGACCCUUCCGGGGUUCCCGCCCUCGAAUGCCGCGCUACAGGGACGGGUGUUGGGGAGGAUUUAACUCCACUUCGGGGUAUGAAACAGCAGGUCGUCGUUAAAACCAUUGGGCAAGUGAUGCGGGUCAAGUGGGAGGCAAAUGGCAACUACUCGAGCGACGUUCAGGGCCAGGCGGAUGGAGGACAACUCGUCAAGAAGAGGAGGCCGGUGACGGUGGACACAUCCAAAGCCAAAACAUCUCUGGAGGGACUGAAGAUCAGCAUAAAACAGCUCAAGUGGAAAGAGAUUCCCACAGGAAGACGAGCACCGUGUGACAUCUACUGGCACGGCGGUUCCUUCCACGACAAUGAGAACAUCACGUCCGGCCAGGUUAACAAAUUCCCAGGAAUGCUGGAAAUGUCGCGGAAGAUAAACCUGAGCCGGGCGGUGCGCAUUAUGCAGGAGCUGUUCCCCGUAGAGUACGACUUCUACCCGCGCUCGUGGAUCCUGCCCGAUGAGUACCAACAGUUCUCCGCGCAGAUUCGCACGGUGAAGGAGUGCGACGGUGCACUCAGCCCAACGUUCAUCGUCAAGCCUGACGGCGGUUGUCAGGGCGAAGGCAUCUACCUCAUCCGCGACCCCGCUGAGCUGAGACCAGCGCCGGCGGGCGCACAGACCCGACAGGUGGUAGUGCAGGAGUACGUCCGCAAGCCGCUGCUGAUCGACAAGCUCAAGUUCGACAUCCGCCUCUACGUGCUUCUCAAGUCGCUGGAGCCGCUGGAGAUUUACAUUGCCAAGGAAGGCUUGACGCGUUUCUGUACCGAACCCUACGAGGAACCGAGCCAGAAGAACCUGAGCCACGUCUUUAUGCACCUGACCAACUACUCGCUCAAUGUGCACAGCGAAAACUUCGUGCACUCAGAAAGCCAGAGCACUGGAAGCAAGCGCACGCUCUCCAGCGUCUUGCGGCGGCUGGCCGACAAGGGCGCGGACGUCAAGAGGGUUUGGUCGGACAUCAUCGCCCUGGUCAUCAAGACAGUCGUCGCCGUGGUGCCUCAACUCAAAGUUUACUACCAGGCUGACAUCCCGCCUGGGAAACCCGGACCCUCCUGCUUCCAGAUCUUGGGUUUUGAUAUCCUCUUGAUGAAGAAUCUGAAGCCCGUUCUUCUGGAGGUCAACGCCAACCCCAGCAUGCGCAUCGAACACGAGCAGGAGGUGUCGCCUGGCGUGUACGAGUGCGUUCCCAGCCCAGUGGACGAGGAGGUGAAAGUGGCUGUGAUCAGGGACACGCUGCGUCUGGUGGACCCCAGACUCAAGAGAGCGCCUUUUUCCCAGCGGAAGUUGUCGGGCACAGAAGACUCCCCGGGCGACCCUCCGCUCACGAAUCACCCUGACGCCAUGCCCUCGCCAUGCCUCAAGCAGGUGUACCCCAAGUACAGCCGGCAGUUCAACUACCUUCGGCUGGUAGAGCGCAUCGCCGCCCUCUUUGUCCGUUUUCUCGGUGUCAAAGGGAACAUGCGUCUCGGGCCCACCGCCUUCAGAACAUUCAUUAGGAACUGCAAGCUGAGUAGCAGCAACUUCACCAUGGCAUCCGUGGACAUCCUCUAUAUUGACAUCACGCGGCGCUGGUCCGGAGCCUUGCCUGACUCGCGGGAAGCGGGCAUGGGCUUGCAGGCCUUCGUAGAGGCAUUCUUCUACCUGGCAGCGCGCAGGUUCAAGUCCCAGACGGCACGCGAGCAAGCCGUGUCCCUCCUGGAUGCGUGCGAGGCGCAGCUGGAGACACCGCCGCAGGCCCCCGAGGAGCGCCGCUCGCUCAGCUGCGGUCGGGCACCUUCCCGCGGGGUGGCGCUCAAGCCGGGGAUCCGCUUCCGGCACCCACCCCGCGACGGGCCUCGAGCCGGGAAGGCCGCGGCUCCGAAACUCGGUCGCGAGACGCCGACGACUGACUUGGCCCGCCUUCACUUUUGCCUGGCGACUGCAUGCACACGGGGUGGGCAAACACGAGGUUGGAGAUCCGGCCCACACAGGACUGACUUUGCCGACGGUAUUUGA